CUUCCAGUGUGUUGUGAGGGCUGGCGAGGAACCCGGAGCGCACUAGGGCCCCGGGGAAAGGCGGCGCGGCGCGGCCCGGCAGGCAGGUACCCCGGUGGACUGGCUGGAGCUCACAUACGGGCGGGCAGACAGAGGCUGCCGGGGGCCCGAUGCCAGAGGCAGGCUCUGCGCUCGCCCAGCCGAUCCCGGGACUGACUCCAGCAUCACUUUAAUGGGGAGCGGAUGGCGCUGACAGCGGCAGCCCGGCACGUACAGAACCCGCAAGCGCGGCUCUAAAGGCUGCUCCCGCCCCUGGAUGCCCCCGCUCGCUCACACCUUCCAGGCGCCAGGACCGAGCCGCUGCAGGGGGCCGGGGCGGCUUUGCUGGGGGCUCCCACUGCCCCCCGCGGUGUGUGGUGUUGCUGCCGGCCCCGCCUGCCCCUCCCGGGCGGCUGGAAGUUUUGCUGGCAGCGCUGGGCUCCUCCGCCAGCCAGCCCCCACCUCCCCGCCGCGCGCUGGAGAGGAGCCGCGGCCGCUGCUGAGGGCGAGGCGGGGGAAGCGCCGAGCCCCGCCGCCUUCGCGCUCGGAUUCCGCAGCCUGGCCCGAGGGGGCGGCCGCCGCCGGCCGGCCGGGGUCCCGCCAUGCUGAAAGUCACCAUGCCCUCCUCGUCCUCCGGCUCCGCCGCCGCGGGCAGGGCGCCCGACUACUGGAUCGACGGCUCCAACAAAGACACCCUGGCGCACUACUUCGAGCUGGAGUCGGAGCUGGGACGUGGUGCUACAUCCAUUGUCUACAGAUGCAGGCAGAAAGGAACUCAGAAGCCUUAUGCUGUCAAAAUGUUGAAGAAAACUGUAGACAAGAAAAUUGUUCGAACUGAAAUAGGUGUUCUCCUUCGCCUCUCGCAUCCAAACAUUAUUAAACUGAAGGAGAUAUUUGAAACCCCCACAGAAAUCAGUCUUGUUCUGGAGUUGGUCACAGGAGGGGAGCUAUUUGACAGGAUUGUGGAAAAAGGAUAUUACAGUGAGCGAGAUGCUGCCGAUGCUGUUAAACAAAUCCUGGAGGCAGUUGCUUACCUGCAUGCAAAUGGGAUUGUUCACCGUGAUUUGAAGCCAGAGAAUCUACUCUAUGCAACACCAGCACCAGACGCACCAUUAAAAAUAGCUGAUUUUGGGCUUUCCAAGAUUGUGGAAGAUCAAGUGACUAUGAAGACAGUUUGUGGAACUCCAGGGUACUGUGCACCAGAGAUUCUACGUGGAUGUGCUUAUGGCCCAGAGGUGGACAUGUGGUCUUUGGGAAUAAUCACCUACAUCCUACUUUGUGGAUUUGAACCAUUCUAUGAUGAAAGGGGAGACCAGUACAUGUUUAAAAGAAUUUUGAAUUGUGAAUAUGACUUUGUGUCCCCCUGGUGGGAUGACGUGUCUCUAAAUGCCAAGGAUUUGGUUAAAAAGUUGAUUGUGUUUGAUGCUAAGAAGCGCCUCACGACCUUUCAAGCUUUGCAGCACCCCUGGGUCACAGGAAAGGCAGCCAAUUUUGCACAUAUGGACAAUGCACAAAAGAAACUUCAAGAAUUCAAUGCUAGGCGUAAACUUAAGGCUGCGGUGAAAGCUGUUGUGGCAUCAACUCGUCUUGGGAGUGCAAGUGGUCACAGCAGCCACGACAGCAAUAAGCCCAGCCGUAAUCCGUCUCCAGUUCAAGACAGUGAACCUGAAGAGAAACCUACUCAGGAAGGAGAAGCAGCAUCAGGAGAGACGCCUUAGGUCAUCUGCUUUCUUAUUUCAGCUGAGAUCUAUCAUUUCAUGCACCAGCUAUCUUGCCAUUCAGCAAGAAAGAUUUGUAAGCCUGGCCUCUCUGGUGGCUCUAUUUUGGAGUGCAAAAUGCACCAGCUGGUGGUCCUAACUUCAAUGCAUGUGACUGCUUAUGAAAAUAGUAAAAUUGUCCUAUCAGGCAUGUCAUGGAUACAAUGUUAUUUUCUGUAAUACCAACAAGUGAAACAUGAGAGUGAGUAAAUACUACUAACGUUAAUGCAUACACUUCAUAUCCCUUUAGAGAGUGUUUAGAGGUGACGUUUGAAAUGAAUACUAUUUAGUUUUGUUUUACGGAAGUAGGCAUCUUCUAGUGAUUAUUUAUUUGAAACUGUUUCCUUUCCAAAUCGUAAUCUCUCAGUAAAUGGAGGGAACUGAUGUCAAGCCAAUGCUUUUAAAAUGACAUCUGAAAUGUUGAGGUUUUUAUCGGUAAUAUUUAUAAAGUGUUUACAAGGAGAACAUAGUAUAGAGAUUUAUAUACAAAAACAUUCCACUAAUCCUGGUAAGAAAUUGAAAUAUUAGUUCUAGUGGCCAUGAAACUGUAUGUUCCUCAAGCGCGUGUUGAGAAUGCCUUACUCUACCUUUAACAGUUUCUAUACAGUAUUUUAAUGAUAACCAAAAUUAUUCUGAUUUCUACCAUUUCAUUCUCUAGUAAAAUGUUAGCAAAACAAAAUGAUAGACUAGUAUAAAAUAUGAUUAAGGUAGUAAUAGCUUUUUAAGAUGCCAUUGUAUUUAUUCAUGACUUUAUAAAGCCGUGCAACUAGAAAAUGUUUUUAUGGGGGAAAUCUGCAAUUACAUAAGUUCUAAAUACUUGAAGAAAGCUAUUCUACUGCAGGGUGAUUUUACUCUGGGGAGGCACUCAGAUACUUAUCGGUGCUCAUCACCAUAAAGAACCUAGGUGGAUGAAUAGAUAUGUACAACCCAGAAGCUUUGAUCUCAUGAGUAACUAGUUUUCCAUCAUUCAGUAUAGACGUAAUGAGUCCAGAUUUUGCUAAUAAAGGAGCCAGUCCUGUAAAAUUAGCUAUAUGAGCAGAUCCCUGUACCUGUGUGCAUAGGUGCUGGAACUAGAGUUGCUGAGGGUUCUGGUGCACCCCUGGGCUUGAAGUGGUUUCCAUCAUAUACGGGGUUUACAGUUUGGUUCGGUGACUCAGCAUCCCCAUUACACAAAUUGUUGCAGCACCCCUGCCUGAGAGGAACUCCCAUGAUGCCAGUUAAGAUACAUGGGUAUGGAUCCACUUGUAGGAUCAGGGCCAAGCUCUUUAUCUUACUUUGAUCAUAAUUGAUUUGAACUGAAAACUGAUCCGCAUCAAUAUAUAUUUGUUAAUUAUUUUGAUAGUACCUGAAUUUCAUAAUGCAUUGGUAUGUUACAGAAAUGACAUAAAGAAGCUGAAAUUUGUCAGUGCCAUUUGCAUUUGUUACACUUUGUAAUACUGAUAGUUACCCAAGACCCUAAUAAUCUAUUCAGUCUUCCUCUUUUGCUCUGUUUUGAAGUUGCUUUGCCUGGCAAAACUUGCCUUGAAAAACAGCAACAACAAAAAACAACACUACUGAGAGAAAACAGAGUAAUUUGUUUUUUGCUGAAGUUAACAGGUAAUGAAAUAUUAUUCAUAGGGUAGGUUUCCUAAAUACAAAUAUCUGUGCUAAAACAGAAAAAUACAUUGUCUGAAAAGGAAACAUCUUUGCAAAGUAGCAAUAGUGAGUUUUCUAAUGCACAGUACUUGCUAUUUUUUACCCAUUUUUCAAAAGUAUAAACUAUUUACAUUUGUACAACAAAGUUUUGGUGGUCAAGUGCAGUUGAAUUUUAAAGCACAAGUGCCCAUCCUUUUCCCAGACAUGAAGAAAAUAAGUGUGUAUGCUGAAAACACUGGCAGAUUUCUUCUUGUUGUAAUGGCAGCAGGAUUUCUAUCUGAUUUUGCAGAUCUGACUGAAUAGGCUAAGGGGAGGCAUUGGCAGAUCUUCACUUGAAAAAAAUACUCCCUACAGGUACAACCACUGGGAGUAGGAUGCUUAACAUUUUGCUGUCUUGUUUUUCCCCCUUGAGGUGGCUGUAGGACGAAUGCAUUCUCACUCCUGGUUUCUCCUUUGGUUACAGUGGCAACACUGUUAGUGUUCAGUCAGUAAUUAGUUCAGUAGGAGUGGCUGGAUUGAUGUAGGGUUUUUCCUGUAUUUUGGUUAGUUUGUUCUAACUUCUAUAGAUAGAGCAGGCUCCAUAGGUAUUCCAUACUUCAAGAGUCUAUUGAUCAUCUUCCUUGAAUGGAGAUACCAUUUUCUGAAAUAUGUUUUCAUUUGUGCAGGAUAAAACCAUGGUCCCAAU